AUGGCCCAUCGUCGUCUAGCCCUUGGCCUCGCCCUCGUCGCCAUCGCCCUCGCUCAGGAGGGCCAGUCUGGAGAAGAGACGACGUCGAAGCCUGACGCCAAGAGGAGGCAGUACAUCGCCGGCCCACUCCGGCCCGCCGUUCCCCUAGCCAUCCCCCGACCAGUGAUGGCCGCACCGGCAAUCCCCAUGAUGCCGUUGGCCCAGCCGGCCGUCCCUGUCGCCCCCGUUGGUCAGUGCCCCGGAGGCCCAUCCCUGCCAAUUGAGUGCGACCCGAAGAGGCCGUGGCCCCAGUGCCCCCCUCAAUCCUACUGCUACGCCACCAACUCGGUCGACAUUGGCCCAUAUUUCUGCUGCCCAGUCUGGUCCACCUACGGAGCCGCCUGGCGCCCGGCCGCUCCCUUCUACAACUACGUGCCCCCGGUGCCCGCCAACUGGCCCGAGGCCCUCCGCAUGACCGCCGCCUGGCCCGCCAGCGCCGUCGGCCUGCCCGUCUACGCCCCAGGCGCCAAGAGCAAGAAGCCCGCCAAGCUCCCUGUCGAUGGUGAGGAGAAGAAGGAGGAGGAGAAGAUGGAGUCCUCAAUCAACAAGUGGAUGGAGCGUCAAUCACGACUU